AUGCCUGCCUAUCAUUCGACUUUCCCUGUAGAUCCUCACAAUGACCGCAUGGUAGGAAACUUUGCGCUUCUGCCCUUAAACACCAAGUUCAGAGGACCAGCAUACCCUACCAAUUCCGACUACGAUAUUAUUGACGAGUGUUUGGACCUGUUCCGCGCUAACUCCUUCUUCAAGAAUUUCGAAAUCAAAUCUCCUGCCGACAGAGUGCUCAUCUAUGGAAUCCUCUUCAUUAAUGAUUGCUUAGCCCAUUUAAAAAUAACAACUCCCCAUAGUGAGGCUGUGAAGGUGUUGACUAACGUGGCCUUAGAUAACUUCACCCUACCUGGUACACCCGGUUUUCCUCUGAAUAACGUUUAUCAAGUGCCAGUACAGGACCAUAACUCAAUGGACCUGCUAAAGACCUACAUCCAACAGUUCCGUCAAGAGUUAUUUGAUAUCCUCCACAACCUUGGGAUACUCUUUUUCGUUCGAGAUCAGUUGCUCGUAUCUUUUGAAUAG